AUGGAUUCCCUGGUGGACAGGAACCACACUGUCACUGCUGUGACAGAGUUCAUUUUAUUGGGAUUAACAGAUGAUCCAGUCCUUUGCGUUGUCCUCUUCAUGAUCAUCCUGUGCAUCUACCUGGUGACCAUAUCUGGCAACCUCAGCAUAAUCAUUCUAAUUAGAAUCUCCUCUCAGCUCCAUCAUCCUAUGUAUUUGUUUCUGAGCCACUUGGCUUCUGUUGACAUGGGCUACUCAUCUUCUGUCACCCCCAACAUGCUUGUGAACUUCCUGGUGGAGAGAAAUACAAUCUCUUACGUUGGAUGCACCAUUCAGUUUGGUUUAACUGCUUUCUUUGGGACAGUGGAAUGCUUCCUUCUGGCUGCCAUGGCUUAUGACCGCUUUGUGGCAAUCUGCAACCCACUGCUUUAUUCAACCAAAAUGUCCACAAAAGUCUGUUUGCAAUUGCUCGUAGUGGCUUACACAGGUGGUUUUCUUAAUGCUUCCUCCUUUAUCUUUUCCUUCUUUUCUUUAUCCUUCUGUGGAUCAAAUAGAGUCAAUCAUUUUUUCUGUGAUUUCGCUCCUUUAAUUGAACUCUCCUGUUUUGAUGCCAGUGUCCACACAGCUGUUCCUUCAUUUUCUUCUGGUUCCAUCCUUAUGGUCACUGUGUUUGUCAUAGCCAUCUCCUACAUCUACAUCCUCAUCACCAUCCUGAAGAUGCGGUCCACCGAGGGGCGCCACAAGGCCUUCUCCACCUGUAUCUCCCACCUCACUGCGGUCACUCUGUUCUACGGGACCAUUACAUUCAUUUAUGUGAUGCCCAAGUCCAGCUACUCGACUGACCAGAACAAGGUGGUGUCUGUGUUCUACACGGUGGUCAUCCCCAUGUUGAACCCCCUCAUCUACAGUUUGAGGAACAAGGAGAUAAAGGGGGCUCUGAAGAGAAAGCUUGGAAUAAGACUAUUUUCUAUUGAUUCUUGCUAUUGUUGUAGGAUUUCAUAG